AUGAUAAACGGUGAAACCCAACUUGCUCCUUUCAACCAUAUCCUAGGAAUCGCAUCAACAAAUGUGCCAGCCUAUUCCAACGAGGAUGAUGAAUACUUUCACCUCGAACAACAUUAUUUUCAAGGUAUAUUUACGGGAAUGAAAUGGCAAUGCGUUGAAUUUGCUCGUAGAUGGCUUUUAAUGCGUAAAAGCUGCGUAUUUAAAAAUAUUCGAUGCGCUGCUGACAUGUGGACUGACCUGACUAGUGUCGAACGAGUCACCGACGCUCAACAGUUCCUACUGGCAGCCCAUCCAAAUGGUUCUGCAGAAGCACCUAAACACGAUUCGCUUCUCAUUUAUUCGCGAAGUGCGGAACAGCCUGUCGGACAUGUGGCCAUUAUAACCGAAGUUGGACAAGAUUUUAUUCGUAUUGCAGAGCAAAAUAAUAAGUCUCACUACUGGUCUGGUAACUACGCUCGUCAGAUUCCAUUGGUUUUUGAGAGCGGUGUUUAUUACAUCAAAGACGAGGAUGAAGUUUGUGGAUGGAAGGAAAUCGAAGAAAGCAAUCAGUUGAAACCAUUAGAUGAAACGAAAAUGGAUAUUGUUCUCAAGCAGUACCAGGAACCUCUACCGAUAGGCAAAAUGGAGCGUUGCUUCGUUACGAAUAGCAGCACAGAUUCAGAGUGCUCCUGGCUGAACGAGAAUGAUCCAGCUGAAAAGUUCUUUAUCGAACUGUAUGGUAAAGACAUCGUAAGAGCCAAUGCUUGUACACAGGAUAUGGCUUACUAUAAGAUCAAUCAAAAUUUACUUUAUAACAUUAGCAGUGUGUCGAAUGAAUUACACCGAAUGUUUCUGGAAGCUACGAAUCGUGUCAUUCAUGAUGACGAGCUCUUGACACGUUUUGGUAUACCAAAUGCUUUCUGGACUCGGAUUCGUCAGUCUUGGGCAAACGAUCAAGAUUCUACUUUGACAGGUCGGUUCGAUCUAGCAUUCGACGGGAAACAACUGAAAGUAUUCGAGUACAAUGCCGAUAGCGCAUCGGCACUUUUCGAAUGUGCUAUUAUACAGAAAAAAUGGGCAGAAGCUGUGAAUUUGCCUUCUCUCUUCAUGUCUGGGCUUCGAUUGCACCGUGUUCUAAUUAAAAACUGGAAAAGAUGGAACAUAAAAACACGCGUACAUUUAUUGAUUGAUAACGAGAAAGAAGAGUUACUUACUGCUCUCUAUAUGCAAAAUGUAAUGAGAGAGGCUGAUAUUAGUUCAAAAAUAUGCACCAAGAUCGAAGAAUUUUCGUGGAAAGACUCUACUAUUGUAGACAACGAUGGUGAGACAGUACAAAUUGUGUGGAAACUGUGGAUGUGGGAGACUGUCUUUAGGGAUUACAGCGAAGCGGCAAAGGAACGAUGUCUCGAUGAUGAAAACACUAAUAAAAAUGAACCAUGGAGACCUAUCGAUGGCCAGCAUCCACGUCUAAGUGAUAUUUUAUUAAAUGAGCAUAUAAAGGUGAUCGAACCAUUGUGGAAAGUUAUUACAAGUAAUAAAGCACUAUUACCCAUCCUGUGGACUAUGUUUCCAAACCAUCCAAAUCUUUUACAUACUGAAUGGACUCUCACGAACGAACUCAAACAAGGUCCAUUCGUGAAAAAGCCGAUCGUCGGUCGAUGUGGCCAGAAUGUAACGUUGUACAAUACAACCGGGGAUUUUGUGAUCGACGAAACUAUCGGCAAAUUUUCGGAUCGCGACAAUAUUUAUCAAGAGCUAUUUCCCCUAAAGAAUUAUGAUGGUUAUUAUGGAAUUAUUGGUAGUUGGAUUAGUGG